AUGCACAAAGACUUUCCCCCUCCUGGCUCUCCCCAUAAUUCACCUGGGGAGAUGCAAGAAGACUUUCCCCCUCCCAACCCAUGGAGAAAUCCUCUUGUCGAUCUUGACUUGAAUGAACUUGCAGAUUUCGCCUCUACAAAUCCCAAGCAUUGGAUUUGGAAUGCUUCACUUGGUGAUGGGAUGGGGCUUGGAGGAGAGUCUGUUGACUGGCUCUGCAAUCCUCUGACAGAUGUCCUUGAACUCAUUGAUCCUUGUCAAAAACUUGCCAUCCAAAUCUUCAUUGCUCUUGAGCACUCAUCAGAGUCUGCAUAUGAGAAGAUACACUUUGGCAUCCAUGCCUGUUUUCCAGGCUCUGAACUUCCUUCGUUCUACCAGGUCAAAUGCCUCCUUGUGGACCCAACUGGAGUCACAUCUAUCAUCAACCACAUGUGUAUCAACUCAUGCACUGCAUUUGUUGGUCCCUACACCCAUCUUGACACCUGUCCUGAAUGUUUUACCCCAGGAUAUCUGGUGCAACUUCUUAUCACUCCAGCACAAUUCAAACUCACUUGGAACUAUCUAGCCAAAUGGGAAUAUGAAUUCAAGCAGAUACACUACCAAUUGGACAAUGGAGUGCACUAUUGGCAACCUUGGCCAGGAGAUAUGGCAGCCAUCCGACCCUUCUCUAACCUUGCACAGCAAGGCAUUCGUUGGUGCCAGAUCAACACUCUCAUGGCAAUGCUUCCUAACCUAGAUCCCACAAGCAAAGAUGCCAACCUGCAUGCAUCUGAAGACUUGGGUAAUGGCUACCUCCUCUUGCCAAAACAUGAUAAAUGCACAAUCACAGUGUAUGGCUGCGAAGCACAGGCUAUCAUUGGAGGAGAGGACUGCAUUGCAGAGGAUGACAGUGGUGAUGACCUGUAUGGAGACCCCACCCCCCCACAGUGUCGCUUCGUGAAUGUCGCUCUGGUCACAUUAUACUCCCAGCCACACCCAUGUUUACUCAAGGAAUCAUACAGAGUCAUUGUGUCAAGCACAAAACUAGGUGAUAUCAAUCUGCUAGGCACCAUGGAGGAUAGGUAUUUUUUGGUCCAGAAAAUGGGGUUGGAGCUUGCACAUGUUGGGACUGAGAAUGAUGAUGAUGAUGAUGCAUAA